AUGUCUGCUAUCGCCAUCUCAAACUAUAAUAGUUCCAGAUUUAUCCUCACUGGAUUCCCUGGCCUAGAAGUUGACUAUCUCUGGCUCUCCAUCCCUUUCUCCUCCAUCUACGUUAUGAUUUUUCUGGGAAAUUGCCUUGUGCUGCACGUGAUCCGAACUGAGCCAAGCCUGCACGAGCCCAUGUUCUACUUCCUGGCCAUGCUGGCCCUCACUGACCUGUGCAUGGGCGUCUCCACCAUGUAUACAGUGGUGGGAAUCUUGUGGGGGUUCAUUCAAGAGAUCAGCCUGGAUGCCUGCAUUGCCCAGUCUUAUUUCAUCCAUGGUCUGUCCUUCAUGGAGUCCUCUGUCCUUCUUGCUAUGGCUUUUGACCGGUACAUCGCCAUUUGCCACCCACUCCACUACUCUUCCAUCCUAACUAAUGAUAAGAUCAUGAAAAUUGGGGUGGCAAUCUUAUGUAGAAGUACUUUACUCAUACCUCCAGUCAUCAUUCGCCUAAAGUUCUUAAAUUAUUGCCAUCCCCACAUUCUCUCCCACUCUUUCUGCCUGCACCAAGACUUAAUUAGAAUGGCCUGCUCAGACAUCCGCUUCAACAGCGUCUAUGGUCUGGCCCUGGUGAUCAGCAACUUAUUGUUGGAUGCAGUGCUUAUACUUGUGUCCUAUGUCAGGAUCUUGCAUGCAGUCCUAGCUAUUGCAUCUCAGGAGGAGAGAAUCAAGUCCUUACAGACCUGCGUAUCUCACAUCUGUGCUGUUUCAGUUUUCUAUAUCCCAAUCAUCGGCCUGACUAUGGUGCAUCGCUUUGGGAAACACCUCUCACCUUUGGUACAUGUGUUCAUGGGCAACAUCUAUAUCCUUUUCCCUCCCUUGAUGAACCCCAUUAUUUAUAGCAUCAAAACCCAGCAAAUACGAAGGAGAGUCCAGAGACUGUUUUACUUGAAAGAAAUGUGCUGA